CAAAUUAGAAAAGGCGUGAGAGCAAUUGACUAAGGACAUAUCUGUCCAGAUUUCACAAAAAGUUGGUGCGUGCAGUAAAGUUGGAGGCGCGCCGAGCAUCAUAGGGCAAAUAAAAAAAAAAUAGGGCAAAUCUCGAGGGUGCUUGUUCAACACUAGGCUGGCAUCCGGGGCGGGGGCUGAAGACGGAGUUAGCUAGUAGAAUGUUGGAAACAAUGGACGUGGAGGCCUCCUUUCCGCCGGCAAGAGAUUUCACGAUGGCCAGAGAGUCCACGAACAGUGUCAUGUGUCGAUUAACUGACCCGGAUGGCACAACGCUCGGAACUCAGAUGUACCUUCCUGAGUCUGCUGGUCCCAAAGAGCUCAAUCAAAUGGUCAACAAGCUACUUAACAACGACGAAAAGCUGCCGUAUGCAUUUUAUAUAUCAGACCAAGAGCUGGUGGUGCAUCUUGGGUCAUAUUUAGAAAAGAACAAAGUUUCUGUAGAGAAAGUGUUGACUAUAGUAUAUCAACCUCAAGCUGUUUUCCGAAUACGUCCUGUAACCCGAUGUUCAUCAACAAUUGCUGGUCAUAAUGAAGCUGUACUUUCAGUGGCCUUCAGCCCUGAUGGACAGCAGCUAGCAAGUGGCUCAGGUGAUACCACAGUUCGUUUGUGGGAUUUGAAUACGCAGACACCAUUGUUCACAUGCAAAGGUCAUAAAAACUGGGUUCUUAGCAUUGCGUGGUCGCCUGAUGGUAAACACCUUGUGAGUGGAAGUAAAGCUGGAGAGCUGAUAUGCUGGGAUACACAGACUGGGAAGCAAUUGGGCAAUCCUCUUGCUGGCCACAAGAAAUGGAUAACUGGUAUUUCCUGGGAACCUGUACACCUUAGUGCUCCAUGUCGUCGUUUUGUAAGUGCCAGUAAAGAUGGUGAUGCACGGAUAUGGGAUGCUACAUUAAGGAAGUGCGUUAUUUGUCUUAGUGGUCACACACUUGCUAUCACUUGUGUGAAAUGGGGUGGUGAUGGAGUAAUAUACACAGGAUCCCAAGAUUGUACAAUCAAGGUAUGGGAAACUUCACAAGGAAAGCUAAUCCGUGAAUUGAAGGGCCAUGGACAUUGGGUUAACUCAUUGGCAUUAAGCACUGAGUAUGUACUUCGGACUGGUGCUUUUGAUCACACUAAUAAACACUUUUCGUCUCCGGAGGAAAUGAAGAAGGUAGCGUUAGAAAGGUACAAUAAAAUGAGGGUACUGCUCCUGAGAGAUUGGUUUCUGGAUCAGAUGAUUUCACAAUGAUCCUGUGGGAACCAGCUGUCAGCAAACAUCCCAAAGCACGCAUGACAGGUCAUCAGCAGCUUGUCAAUCAUGUUUAUUUCUCUCCUGAUGGACAAUGGAUAGCUAGUUGUCCUCAUAUGACAAGUCAGUGAAGCUAUGGAAUGGUAGCAAUGGAAAGUUCAUUGCUGCUUUUCGUGGUCAUGUUGG